AUAGACAUUUCCUUGGAUCAGCUUUCCUCUUCCAAUAGAAUAUGAUAAUCGUUUAUUUUGAACUGAGCAAACUUUUAAAAGAUGUUUCUAAUAAGCUAAUAGUUAAUUAACUAACGAAGCUAAUUCUCAGUCAAGAACAAAUUUCAUGCCGUUGUAUGACUUCAGAGACAGUUUGAUAGAGUUUUUUGACAAGAUGAAGAAAUGGGAAGAUAUGGCAGACCUACCCUCCCAGUUCAGAGAACGUACCACAAGAUUAGAAAGAAACUUUACAGUUUCUGCUGUAAUUUUUAAGAAGUAUGAACCCAUUUUUCAGGAUAUUUUCAAGUACCCACAAGAUGACCAACCACGACAGCCCAGAGGGAGAAAACAAAGGAGGCAACCUUGCACUGUCUCUGAAGUUUUCCAGUUUUGCUGGGUCCUCUUUGUUUAUGCAAAAGGCAAUUUCCCUAUGAUCAGUGAUGAUUUAGUAAAUUCAUACCAUCUGUUACUGUGUGUCCUUGAUCUAGUUUAUGGGAAUUCUUUGCAGUGCCCAAAUCGUAAGGAGAUUCUGAAUCCAAGUUUUAAGGGGCUGCCUGAAGAUUUUUACAGUAAGGACUUUAAGCUCUUGCCUGAAACCCCUUGCAUCAUUGAGAAACUCUGCUCCUUGCACUAUGGCUUGGUUUUGGAAGCCAAGGGAAUAAAAGAGCAUUUUUGGAAACCCUAUGUGAAAAAACUCUUUGAGAAAAAGAUUUUAAAAGGAAAAGAGGAGAACCUGACAGGUUUUUUGGACCCUGGAAACUUUGCAGAAAGCUUUAAGGCCAUCAACAAGGCCUACGAGGAAUACAUAUUGUCAGUUGGAAAUCUAGACGAGAGGAUCUUUCUUGGGGAAGAUGCGGACGAGGAAAUCGGAACCCUGCGAAGAUGUUUAAGCACAGCUUCAGAGAUGGAAACAGCCGAAAGGGUACAAAUGAAAUAUAAUCUGCAGGAGCACUUUGAACGGACAAAAUCUUUCAGAAUAUCUACACCUCUCACUGGCCGGAAAUACAUCAAGGAUAGCGAUCCUUACUUGAGCCCCAUUUCCAUCGCAACCCACUGCUUGACACGGCUUCACACAAUGUUGGCAGGGCUGAAGAAUGCCCCUAGUGAGAAUCUGGAGCAAAUUCUGAGGGGGUGUUCCAGGGAUCCUUCUCAGUCUAUUGCCAAUAGAGUGAAAGAAAUGUAUGAAAUUUAUUCGCAAAAGGCACCAUCUUCUGGAGAAUCUGGGAAUUUCCCCACAGAUCUUGUGGGUAAACACUUCCGUCUCGCUGAGGUCCUGUAUUAUAAAGUUUUGGAAUCUGUCCUAAAGCAAGAAAAAAAACGACUGGAAGACGCUGACUUAUCUGCCAUCGUGGAGCACGAUGUCUUUCAUAGGUCUCUCAUGGCCUGCUGCCUUGAAAUAAUUAUUUACUCCUACAAGACAGCGGAUGGUUUCCCGUUCAUCACGGAUGUUUUUGAUGUUCCUGCCUUCCACUUUUAUAAGGUAAUCGAGAUCCUGAUCAGAGCAGAGGAUGGCCUCUGCAGGGAGGUGGUGAAGCAUCUCAAUCACAUUGAAGAGCAGAUUUUAGAGAGCCUGGCAUGGAAAACGGAAUCUCCCCUCUGGGAUAAAAUAAAAGAAAAUGAAAAUAAGGUUCCUACCUGCAAAGAGGUGAUGCCACCUCAAUAUUUUGAAAGAUCAAAUGGCAACAGCGUGGCUGGUUCCCCUUUAACUCCGAGGAGAUUAAAUGAAGUCCGUGCGGAAACUGGAACACAGGGGAAGGGCAUUUCAUUCUCCCCGACCACCCUCUACGAACGAUACAGCUCUCCAACCAGCAACCCUACCAGAAGAAGGCUGUUCGUUGAUAGCGACAUCUCCGGGGAGGCCCCUCGGACGCCUGUGAGGGUCGCCCAGCCGCCCAUGAUCAGCACCGUGCCUGUACAGAACGUCUCCUCCGAUACCAUCCCUGUCACUCCGGUGCCUGGGCAGACUUUGGUCACCGUGGCAACCGCCACCGUGACUGCCAAUAACGGACAGACAGUUACCAUACCUGUGCAAGGCAUUGCCAAUGAAAAUGGGGGCAUAACAUUCAUUCCGGUCCAGGUCGUUGGCGGACAGGCUAAUUCCAUCCCACCUCUCAGUGCACAGACUCUGGCUGGCACGCUGAGUUCUCAGCCGAUGACUGGCCCAACCCUUCAGUUGCAAGGCCAGCUCCAGCCGGUGGCCCAUCCUGGAGAACGGCGACAAAAGCAGCAGAUGAUCAGCAGUGGUGGCAACAGAUCCCAAAAAGCUGGCUCACUCUGUCUCUUCUUUAGAAAGGUAUUUUAUUUAGCAAGCGUUCGUCUGCGGGAUCUCUGUAUCAGGCUGGAUAUUUCUGACGAGCUGAGGAAGAAAAUCUGGACCUGUUUUGAAUUUUCACUGGUACAAUGCUCGGAGCUCAUGAUGGACCGACAUCUAGACCAGCUGUUAAUGUGUGCUAUUUAUGUAAUUGCAAAGGUUACCAAAGAAGACACCUCGUUUCAGAAUAUCAUGCGCUGCUAUCGAAUGCAGCCCCAGGCCAAAAGCCAUGUGUACCGCAGUGUAUUGAUUAAAGGCAGAAGACGGAGGAAUUCUGGCACCAACGACACAAACAAUCCGCAGAAUUCCCCAGCGGAGAAAAAUAAGGACCAAACCAGCCGAGAUUCCAGCCCAGUCAUGAGAUCGAGUAGCACCCUGCCUGUCCCGCAGCCUAGUAGCGCUCCUCCGACACCAACGCGGCUGACGGGAGCCAGCAGCGACACUGAGGAAGAGGAGCAUGGAGACCUGAUUCAGUUUUAUAAUAACGUCUACACAGACCGGAUUAAAGACUUCGCCCUGAAGUACUCCUCGGCCAAAGGACAGACUGAUGUUCCUCCCUUGUCUCCAUUUCCGUUUGUGAGAAGUGGCUCUCCACGCCGAAUCCAACUGUCUCAAAACCACCCAAUUUACAUUUCCCCCCACAAAAAUGAGUGCGCAGUCUCUCGGCGUGAGAAAAUAUUCUACUAUUUCAGCAGCAGCCCAUCAAAGAGACUUGAAGAGAUCAACAGCAUGAUCAGAACGGGGGAGACCUCGAAAAAGAGAAGCAUCGUCUUAGAAGAGGGGGCCGAAUCGCCAGCCAAGCGCAUGUGUCCAGAAAACCACACGGCCCUUCUAAGAAGGUUGCAAGAUGUAGCCAACGACCGGGGCUCUCACUGACGUCAAAGACUAACCGAGGAUUGAUUAUUAUUAUUUUUUUUUAAUUGCCAUCUGGGCUGUCUUUUAACAUUUGACCAGUAAUAAUAGAACCUGCGACUUCCACAUCUCCCAAGGCACUUGGGGGGGGGGGCACUCCUGACAUCCAAAGAGGAGUCCUCUACUUACGGAACCACGGACUGCCUUCUGCUCAAAGGCAAUCGGGAAGUUUGAGCAGAAGCAUCACUUCCGCCCUCAUAAAGCACCGGUGGAUCUGGUUUACCUCCUCUUUUUUUUUUUUUUAUAAUUUAUUCGGUAGAAGGGAUUGGUUUUAAUCUCAGAACUGGAAGACGAAGUAUUUUUACAUUAGCCCAUUAACCUUUCUUUUCUUUUUUUUUUAAGCGAUCUGAUCCGGUGUCAUGUUUAGAAUCUGCAGUAUUUUAAUCGCAUUUGGAAAUGUGGCAGUCAGCAGUGAUGGAAUCAGCUCUGUGACUAAUUAUCUGACCCAGUUCAGAACUGCUGUGAACCUUUCUUUUAAAUUAGGAGUGAAGAUUCUGGAAUGUUUGUCAGGCAGUAGUUAAAGCACACUGGAGACAGACCAGAAAUUGAAAUGGAGGGGAUUAGAGGACUUAAACCUUCCCUUCUUCUCUUCUCUUCUUUCUCUUCUCUCCUCCUCUUCUCCUUCUUUGCCCUUUGGGUGAUAUGGGAAUAUUGUGUAUUUAUACCACACUUUUAUUGUAUUUUAGCUGUGCAAUGUUUCAAGUCAGCGCCUAUCAGCAGGUAGCACUUCACUAGUUCUCAGAUGCAAAUUAGUUUUGCAACCUUGACAAU